UUUUUUUUUUAUAGAUUCAUUUAUAUCUGGUUCUCAUGGAGACCCGAUUAUCCUUUCUUUUUAUAUUAUUAUUAUUAUCAUGUAUAGUUCAAGCUAGAUCUUUUCAAAAAGGAGAAACUAUUCCUCUUUUUUAUACAAAGAUCUUUUCACAUCAAAAACAACUUACUUUCCCAUAUUCUUCGUUACCUUUCAUCUGUCCACCUUAUACACAAGAAAAAUGGCAAGAAAGAAGUUUAGAAAGAACUUGGUUAACUUUGGAUCAAGAUAUAUCUGGCGAUCGUCCUGUAAAAAGUGAUUACAAGAUUAUUGCAUUAGAAAAUAGUGAAUGUUCAACUCUUUGUACUCAAAGUUGGACAGUAGCUGAUGCAAUGAAAGCUAAAGAAUUGAUUCAAAAUGAUUAUCAAGUAGAAUGGUGGUUAGAUGAUAUCCCAAGUGCUACAGCCUCUUAUACCAAUGAAAUCAGUACGCGUGUUUAUCGUGUUGGCUUUCCUCUUGGACAAAUCAUUGAUGGGAAUGUAUAUAUCAACAAUCAUGUCACUUUCAAUAUUCUUUACGGUAUAAACAAAGAUAACAAUAAAAUAGAUAUUAUUGGAUUUGAAGUUUAUCCUGAAUCGAUGAAAGCGGAUGACUGUCAACGUAAAACGAUUGAUCAUACUAUGCAACAAGUAACUGAACGACGUAGUAGUGUUACUUUUACAUAUACUGUCAAAUGGAAACAAAUACAAUCAAUGCCUCAACCAAAUCCUUGGGAUAUGUUUUUAAUUCCUCCUGAUGUUGACACUCAUUUUAUUGCUACUAUAAAUAUGGCUAUCAUGAUAUUAUUAUUAUCUUUGGUAAUUGGUGUGAUUAUGAUGAAAACUCUCAAAAAAGAAGUGGUAUCACAUGAUGAAAUACAUGAUGAUUUUGAAGAUGUGGUUGGAUGGAGAUUAGUACAUCGUGAUGUUUUUCGUCGUCCUAUUUAUGGUGGAUUACUGGCACCAAUGAUUGGAACUGGUCUUCAAGUCUUUAUUGUUAUUUCCAUUAUUAUUGGAUCAAUUUACAAAGGAUGGACAUAUCCUGCAAAACCUGGAUCUUUGAUAUCUUUAUUCAUUCAAUUCUAUAUUUUUUCAAGUUCUAUUGCUGGUUAUUGGAGUUCUAGGGUACAUAAAGCUUUUCGUGGAAAAUCAUGGAUGUUUAAUGCUAUCUUGACAUCUCUUAUGUUACCUGGAUUUAUAUUUAUUUGUCUAUUUAUUGAAAGUUUCUUUGCUUGGUCAGCAGAAUCAUCUUUGGCUAUUUCUUUUCGUGGUUGGGUGACAUUGAUAUUAUUAUGGAUUCUAGUGGUGAUGCCUCUUACACUGAUUGGAGCUUACUUUGGUGAAAAAUGUGAUAGAAUUGAACAUCCUGUACGAACAUCUCAAAUGCCAAGAUUAAUUCCAAAGAAAAGAUGGUAUCAACAAUAUAGUAUGAGUCUUCUUUUAGGAGGAGUGAUACCUUUUGCUAUUGUAUUUGUAGAUCUGAAUGAAUUAUUAAAAUCAAGAUGCAAUGGUGAAUUCUAUUUUGCAAUUCCUCAUUUUGUAUUGACAUGUAUGGUGAUGUCAUUAACAACAGCUCAAGUAUCAGUGAUAUUGAUAUUUUUCCAACUUUGUAAUGAGGAUUAUCAUUGGUGGUGGAUGUCUUUUAUGAUUGGUGGUUCUUCAUCUAUGUAUAUGUUUAUAUAUGGAUUGAUAUAUUAUAUGACAAAAACAAAUAUGAAUGGAUUUUAUGGUGGAAUGAUUUAUCUGAUUCAAUUAUUAUUGGGAUGUGUAUUGACUGGAUUAUCCACUGGUUCUAUUGGAUUCUUUAGUGCUUAUUGGAUGAUUAGAAGAAUAUAUUCAGCUGUCAAGAUGGAUUGAUAGGAUCACACGCCGCUGAUCACCAAAAAUAGAUUUAUCUUUCUUCCGCGGAACAAUCAUCUCCCUCCCUUCUUGUAGAAUAUUUCAAUUACGCUUUUUAUCAAAAUAAUAAUAAUAAAAAAAAAUUGUCUCC